CAGGGUUGAGGCUUAUUUAAGACAAUGGAUCCUUUAUCACUGCAAGCCAAGCGCCAGAAUCAAAAUCCAUUAUUCAUCUCCAACUCGUCAACAGGUGAAGUUUUCUAGUCGAAUAACCGCUCUCCUACCGCUCUAUCAACUCAUACAGUAGGCCCGUACCAACAUGUCGCCCUCUUCAAACAAUGACCACUCGAGCGGAGAGACCACGACGGGCGCGUCAACACCUCUUGUCAGCACAAUGCCCUCCUCCGAAUUCACCUGGCAGAUCACCUUGGCCGGGAAGGUUAUUGCGAUUACAGGCGCCAACCGAGGUAUCGGUCUCGGAAUUGCGGAAGUGUGCCUGGCGAACUCUGCCCAACACGUUUACUCGCUGGAUCGCAUGGAACCCGGGGAAGACACCCUGGCACUUCAGAAGCGCUAUCCCAACUUCCACUGUGUCCAAGCCGAUGUCACAUCAGAAGAGAGUAUUGAGAAAGCGAUCAAUCAGGUUGUGGAGGAGACGGGGAGGAUCGACGGCCUUGUGGCCAACGCGGGAAUGACCAAACAUCAGCCAGCGCUGCAGUUCGAACGGCCCGAGCUCGAGCAGCUGUUCAACCUGAACGUGUACGGAUCAUAUUUCUGUGCUCAAAUAGUCGCCCGCAAGUUCAUCGAGCUGGGGAUUAAGGGCUCGAUUGUCAUGACAGCCAGCAUGACUUCAUACCGACCGAAUCGUGCUGCCCCAUCAGCCCCGUAUGGCGCUACUAAGGCCGCCGUGCGGAACAUGUGCCACACCUUGGCAAUGGAAUGGAGCAAACACGGUAUCCGAGUGAACAGUGUCUCCCCUGGUUUUGUGCGUACUGCAAUGACCUACUAUGUCGAGCACUCGCCCGACUGGGCGCAGAAGAUGGAGAAUUACGGUGGCAUGCCGCGCCUUGCCGAUCCCCGCGAGCUGGGCGGUGCCUACGUGUACCUCCUGAGUGAUUGCAGCUCCUAUACCACGGGUAUCGAUAUUCCGAUCGCUGGUGUUGUGGGGGCAUGGUAAAGUCUGCGCAUAAGUUCAAGAUCGGGGCUGGCGAUGUUCCGCUGCUAAUGGACUGAUUGCAGCAAGGCUGGUGCUGGAUCGUUCUGGUAAUGAUCAGCUUCCUUUCACUGCAAGACUACUGAUUUUGUAUUAUGUGUGAAUACCAUCAAAUUUUAAAUGAUUAGCAACC